AGUGACGCGGUAGCAACCUCUUCUGCAUCGAAAUGCGAAUAAUAAUGACAAUCUUCAUCAAUGUCCAAUACUUCCGCCACUAGACAGCUCCCUACGAGAGUGAGUGCUGCAUGCGACAGAUGUCGCAAGAACAAGAGCCGAUGCGAUCCGUUUCGACCAUGCUCGCUCUGUGUCCGGGCGAACAUUGAUUGCUCGAGUACUCAUGUGGAGACACCCGUGACACGUGCAACCAAGAGGCGACGCACACGAAUAUCAUCACGUGAGACAUCUCGGGACCGUACCGAAACGUCUCGGGUCCUAUCCGAAGUAGCGCAGGAGGAUGCCAGUGUACAACGACUUCACAUAACUGACCCAGGCGCCGUGUCUGAAGAACCUGGUCUUGGGGAAAGUACCCGGCCAAACAGUGUGGACCGUGAAGCAGAUUCUGCCAUGGGCAUUGCGCAGCGCAUCUAUCGACUAGGGAACCAACCUUCGCUCAACAGAACAACGUCCGCCUUUCCUGGUGGGGGAAAUCAGGUUCGAAACACAGUUUCACGCGUUGAUCGAACUCACAGGAAGCCCGUGGCCUCGAUUCUCGGAUACCCCCUGCCGACACUGGAACUCAUGCACACCCUGCUGGAGGAGUAUUUUGACGCUGUCCAUUGGUUCUCGCUCGUCAUUUACGAACCCAAGUUUCGUCCCGCUUUCCAGACUGUCCAAGACGGACUUGCCUUUCCAUCGCAGAAGUCCUUCUUACUUCUGUUGUCAACCGUGCUUGGCAUGGGAGCGUGGUACAAAUCCCACAGAAAUGGCGUUGACACUUGUUUUCCGAACGAGGACUGGGGCGCUUGGUCUCAAACUCUGCUUCAAGGAGCCGAAAAGCACCUCACAGAAUUGAUGGACCAGACCUCCAUUGCAUCGGUUCAAGUGUGCAUUCUACUCGGCAGCUACCUCGUGUACCAUGGGAAGCCCAAUUUAUCAUUCGCACUUCUGGGUGCCACUAUCCGGACUGCGCAGGCGAUCGGACUCCAUCGGCAACCUCUUCGCGGUACCCAACCUAGCAUCGAAGAAAGGAAACGAGUUUGGUGGACAAUAUACACCUGGGAUAGAUUUGCAUCUGUGACCUACGGUCGACCUCUUGGUAUUAAUGAUAAAGACUGCAAUGUCACACACCCAGCUGACACUUUCGAAUCGCGAUCAUUCAAACCAGACCUGGCCCUCAAUGGAGAUACAGCAAUCUGCUAUUCUACCUACCAACGGGAGCUUAAUAAGCUCUAUCUAGCCGCGUCACCGCUAAUCGAAGUCAUCUUUGGCAUGCGGGCCGUAGGAUCCAAUGGGCAGGACACAAGUAAAUACAUGGAUCAGAUUGUAGAUGUCACAGGUCGUGUUUGGGCGUGGCGGCAACAGCUUCCGCCUCACCUCCGACUUGAUCUAGAUACUGAUUGCAGGUCAGAUCAGCCAUCUGCAACUAAUGUGCAUCAUCUUCAGGCACUUUCUUUGCAGCUGACAUUCGAUAGCCUGCUGAUCAUCUUUUAUCGUCCUUUGCUCGCACAGCAAGUCGAUCACCUGAUCCGAAACCAAAGCCAGCCAGACACUGUCCACAUGCAUGCGGAAUCCCCGUCAUGCGUAUCGGAUACAGCAUCUUCACCCCUCUUCGCUGCUAGUGCAACAAGUCCUUUGUCAAGGUCACAAAUCUCUAGCACUGAACAGUGGUGGGACGCAGCUUUGCGAACGUCCAAAGUCACAGAGAUGCCUCAGUUAGCUCAAUUGGCAACUGACAGUCAUCUUGUUGCGUUUUUGGCGAUCAAUCUAUUCAACUCUGCUAUCGUUAUGGCAGUGCUGGCGCUAUCUGACCCGCUUUCUGAUAGGGCUCAACACGUCAAGCGUACCAUCACUCGAACUUUUCGCCUUCAAGAGGUGCUGGGGAAAAAGACACAACUAUCCGUACAGAGCAACAAUGUUCUGAAGGAUGUGAUUCACAUGCUGCUGCGUCGUGAGGCAGAUGCCAUGUUAUCCCCAAUCAUGACUUCAGAUCAGCAGUCGGCUCUCGGCAACACUUCAACGGUGCCUGAGCAGGCACCAACUCUGAUGUCUGUUGAGGAGACUCUACGCCUACCAGUGCAAUUACCAAUGGGUACUGCCACCAACCAUACGCGACAUCGACGCAGUACAGCAGAUAGAGCGAUGCGAUUGAACGAGAGCUUGGCAUCUGUACAACAAGCCUUUCCCUUAGGCUUGGAUGGCGGAUACAAUGCCACAGCUACAAACAACCAGGACUGGAGUCAAAAUCAAGAAUUAGCUGCCGAUAUCCACCAAGCCACUUUGCAAGAUUGGCCUCACGUACCUCUUCAGGAUCUCACAGAACUUACGGAGCCGGGCUGGGAUGAGAGCAACAACAUAGAUGCGACGGGCAAUGGUCUAUACUGGUUCUGGGACACAAUUUGGAAUGAACCGCGAUCACACCCUUGAUCUGUUUUGAGCAGCACACGCCCUCAUUCCA